AGACGUCCUUCAUACCGUGGCUACCACUUAAUACUGUCACACAUUAGAUAGGUUUUGGAUACGUUUCAAUUAUAAUUCCUCAUGAUUUAUAGUUUACUUGAAUUAAAGUAGGUGCGUAAAGUGCAGAAACAUGUUAAUGCUAGUAUUGAUUUUAGUGUAAACAUUUUUUUUAUCUCAAAUUUAAUUUAGUUCACAAAGUUAAAAAAAUGGUAUUAAAUAAGCAGUCAUCGCUCGAUGAUUUAGUUCAAUAUACACAGUUAUUUAAACCAGUAGCUACAGUAUUGCAAGGAACUAUAUUGCCGUUUCUAAUCAUCUAUCCUAUAAUAUUUUAUUGUUGGAUAUUUGUAUACAAUUUUGAUGAAAACUUUGAGGCUGGAUUUGUAACUGUUGCUGUUGUGGCAAGCAUACAAAUUUUAAUAUGCCUAUGUUGUUACUGGAGUGUUCACAUACAAUGUUUUCUUUCAUGCUCACCGGAAAGUGAUCCCAUUCGUGCCGAGAUUGUAAAAGUGGUACCAACAUCUAACAAUGGAUUUCCAGAAAUUGUUAGACUUCAUCAUACAAAGUCAACUAAAAGAGGUGAGACUAAACCAGAUGUGUGGUUUGUUUUUCAAAAGAGCAAGUAUCUUUACGAUUGGGAUAAAAAAUCAUUUCAAUCUGUGGUUUUUCCUGUAAACAAACCCCAUGAAGAGUAUUUAGAUUCAAAAGGAUACUCUGAUGAUGAAUCUAUAGAUUUAGCUGAAAAAGAGUUUGGAAAAAAUGAAAUGAUUAUGGUAGUACCAGAAUUUAUGGAAUUAUUUAAAGAAAGGGCAACUGCACCCUUUUUUGUAUUUCAAGUUUUUUGUGUUGGACUCUGGUGUUUGGACAAAUAUUGGUAUUAUUCUAUAUUUACCCUUGUCAUGCUCGUGAUGUUUGAAUGCACAUUAGUCCAACAACAAUUAAGAAAUAUGGCUGAAAUAAGAAAAAUGGGUAAUAAACCUUAUAAUAUAAAUGUUUAUAGAAAUAGGAGAUGGCGCCAAAUUAUGAGUGAUCACUUGCUGCCCGGAGAUAUUGUUUCUCUCACUCGUUCUGUCAAUGAUAACCUAGUACCAUGUGAUAUUGUUUUACUUAGAGGUUCCUGUAUAGUUGAUGAAUCAAUGCUGACUGGUGAAAGUGUGCCUCAAAUGAAAGAACCUCUAGAAAACAACAAGGACACCAAACUAUGUUUAGACCCAGAAGGAGAUGGCAAAUUGCAUGUUCUCUUUGGUGGCACAAAAAUUGUACAACACUCUUCACCUAGCAAAAAUGUGUCAUCUGGUCUUAAAGCACCAGACAAUGGAUGUAUAGGUUAUGUUAUACGUAACGGUUUCAAUACAUCACAAGGAAAACUUUUGAGGACCAUUUUAUUUGGAGUUAAAAGAGUAACUGCUAACAAUUUAGAAACUUUUGGUUUUAUAUUAUUCUUGUUAAUAUUCGCCAUUGCUGCUGCAGCCUAUGUUUGGAUUAAGGGAUCUGAAGAUCCAGAAAGAAAUAGAUAUAAAUUAUUUUUGGAAUGUGCAUUGAUAUUGACAUCAGUUGUUCCUCCUGAACUACCCAUAGAGUUAUCAUUGGCUGUUAAUACUUCUCUACUAUCUCUAUCGAAGUUAGCUGUGUUCUGUACUGAGCCUUUUAGAAUUCCUUUUGCUGGAAAAGUAGAAAUCUGUUGCUUUGAUAAAACUGGUACUUUAACUAGUGAUAAUUUGGUGGUGGAAGGCAUAGCAGGAGUAGCAGACCACACUGAUGCAACUGUGAUUCCUUUGUCACAAGCACCUUUGGAGACAAUUCAAGUCUUAGCAACUUGUCAUUCCCUAGUUCAAUUAGACGAUGGAGUAGUUGGUGAUCCUCUAGAAAAAGCAACUUUAAAGGCAGCAGAAUGGAAUUUAACUAAAGGUGAUGCUGUUGUACCAAAGAAGGGAAAAUCUCCAGGCCUGAAGAUUGUUCACAGAAAUCAUUUUGCUAGUGCUUUGAAAAGGAUGUCAGUAGUAGCAGGUUAUCAGGUCAAUGAAAGAGGUUUUGUAGAAACACACUAUAUAAGCAGUGUCAAGGGAGCACCAGAAACUAUAAAAACUAUGCUUAAAGAAGUUCCUGAACAUUAUGAUGACGUUUACUUGACCUUAUCCAGACGAGGCGCGAGAGUGUUAGCAUUAGGUUAUAGAAGUUUAGGCAAAAUGAGUUCUCAAGAUAUAAGAGAAUUAUCAAGGGAUGAUGUUGAAUCAGAUCUAACAUUUGUUGGCUUUGUAAUAAUAUCAUGUCCUCUGAAAACUGACUCUAAGAAGGCAAUAGCAGAGAUAGUGAAUGCAUCUCAUUCCGUAGUAAUGAUUACAGGGGAUAAUCCUCUGACAGCAUGUCAUGUGGCUAAAGAACUAAAGUUUACUCAGAAAAGUGACCUGCUUAUUUUGAGCAAAACAAAUAAUGAGUGGGGUUGGAAGUCUAUUGACAAUAGUAUAGAACUGCCAGUGCAGCAUUUUAAAACACCCAAAGACUUGACUGCCAAAUAUGAUUUAUGUAUAACAGGGGAGGGUUUGACAUUCCUAAUUGAACAAUAUCAUAAGUUCUUGAUUGAUAUCAUUCCAUAUAUUAAAGUUUUUGCUAGAUUUGCACCAAAACAAAAAGAAUUUGUUAUAGUGACUCUGAAUUCUCUUGGUUAUGUGACACUAAUGUGUGGGGAUGGUACAAAUGAUGUUGGUGCCCUGAAGCAUGCUGAUGUGGGUGUUGCAAUUCUGCCAAACGCACCUGAAAGGGCCAAGGAGAAACCUCGAGAAGAAAAACCAGAACCUGAACUUCCACGUCGGUUGACGGGGCCCAGAGACCCUCGCGCUGAAGCUAGGGCUGAAGCAGCUAUGCGUCUGCGCAGGGCCAUGAAGAAGUUAGAAGAGGAAGACCAACCGCAAUUUGUGAGAUUGGGAGACGCUAGUGUCGCCGCGCCGUUUACUAGCAGAUUGUCUAGCAUAUUUUGUAUAUGCCACAUAAUCAAGCAGGGUCGUUGUACUUUAGUGACUACCCUCCAAAUGUUUAAAAUUCUGGCACUCAAUGCCCUAAUACUGGCGUACAGCCAGUCGGUGUUGUAUCUCGAUGGUAUCAAAUUCAGUGACACUCAGGCGACUCUACAGAGUAUUUUGCUUGCUUCGUGUUUCCUCUUCAUAUCACGGUCUAAACCGUUGAAAGAAUUAUCAAAACAGCGCCCUCUGCCGAAUAUUUUUAAUAUGUAUACAAUAAUGACUGUGUUGACUCAGUUUGCGGUGCAUUUCCUCUGCCUCAUUUACCUCGUACAAGAGGCCACACUCCGCUCACCGGAUAGAGACAAUACACCAAAAUUGGACAUGGACUUAAAGGAAGAUGAAGAACGUCCUUUUAAGCCAGAUCUUCUUAAUAGUACUGUCUACAUUAUCUCUAUGGCUCUACAAAUAUCUACUUUCGCUAUAAAUUAUAGGGGAGAGCCGUUUAUGGAAGGUCUGCGUGAUAACAAGCCGUUGAUGUACAGCAUCAUGUGUUCAGGCGCAGCUGUCCUCGCUCUGGCCGCUGGUAUCUUCCCGGACCUCUCUAACCUCUUCGAAAUUGUCUACUUCCCGCCUGACUAUCGACUAAUCGUAGUACAAGUGCUGGUAGCGGAUAUGUUGUUUGCCUAUCUGGCAGACCGGGUUUGUCUCUGGCUGUUCGGUGAAGGUCGCGUCGGCUCACCAACGUAGCGUACAUAAUGUUUAUAAUACGCAGUUGUUCAAUUGAUUUUCAAACUGUAAAUUUCUGUAUGAAGACAGUUCUUCUGAUUUUUUAGUUGUCAAACUUUAAUAAAAUACUUAUUCAAUACAAUAUAACCAAUACUAUAAUAAUUUGCUUUGAGUCAUUCUAUUUUCCAUAAUAAAUUAAUUCCAUAAUUUCGCUGGACAUAGACAAUAUUAUCAAAAUGUACACUGACAUUACAUAAUGACACUAUGAUUUUCCAUUUGAAAUUAGAACCGUUAUGUAAUUUUUUUAAAUAAUAUUUCAAAAUGGAACGAAAUUUCAAAUCUAAAUAUGUAUUCCGAAUCAGAAAGUCACAAAUCAAAGAAAAAUAUUUUGAAAUGAGUAUUUUAUUGUGAUAAGGCGCUUAAGACCUUUUGUGACUUGUUAUAUCAAUGAUUGGGGGUGCCAUUUGUCACGUUUAUAUUUUUUUCAUUAUUUAGAACUUUAAUUUAAAAAAUAGAAUGGAUAAUUCAUAAUAAUCUAUUUGACUUUUUUCUAUAAUUGUCUUCAGGCAUAUUAAAAUUUUCAUAUUAAACCUAAUUUGGCAGGACUUGUGACGCGUUUGAUUUGGAGCAUCUCUCAAGGCUUUUACAAAAUUAUAUUAAUAAAGAUUUUUUUUUAAUAUGAACACUGCGUCUAUGUAUAAAUGUAUGUAGAUAAAUUAUUUUUAUUACCAUAUUUGGUGAAAGCUAGAACGCCCGCUCAAAUAAGACGUGCAUUUACUGUGUGGAUGUGUUUAUGGUAUAUUAUAAAAAAUAAAUGUGUAGUUAAUUGAG